CCCAUAGUAACCUUUCCUGUCUGCUUGCUGGUGCGUUUGCGCCUCCUGUCUUGAAAGCGAGGUGAAGAAUAGUUUACUUUCCAGAGUUCAAGGUUUGGUGUCGGUGUUCGUUUGGAGUAAAGGCUUUUGCCGAGGCGUUAAGCCCCCUUUCUCAGAGCCAACAUGCUGAACAUGUGGAAAGUUAGGGAGUUGGUUGACAAAGCAACCAAUGUGGUGAUGAACUACUCCGAGGUGGAGUCUAAGGUGAGAGAAGCUACCAAUGAUGACCCCUGGGGACCAUCAGGACAGCUGAUGAGUGAAAUUUCUAGAGCCACCUUCAUGUAUGAACAGUUCCCAGAGGUGAUGAACAUGCUGUGGGCCCGCAUGCUGCGGGACAACAAAAAGAACUGGAGGAGAGUCUACAAGUCUCUAUUAUUGCUAGCCCAUCUCAUCAGGAACGGGUCUGAAAGGGUUGUGACUAGUGCCAGAGAACAUCUGUAUGACUUGAGAUCACUAGAAAGCUACCAUUUUGUAGAUGAGAAUGGGAAGGACCAAGGUGUGAAUGUACGUCAGAAGGUGAAGGAGAUGGUGGAGUUUGUUCAGGAUGAUGACAGGCUUAGGGAAGAACGGAAAAAGGCAAAGAAGAAUAAAGACAAAUACAUUGGUGUAUCCUCUGACAGCAUGGGACACAGAGGCUACUCGGGGGACAGGUAUGACUCUGGUGAUAGAAAGUGGGAUGAUGACUGGGAGAAAAAAGGGCCAUUCCCCUUCAGUGAUAAGCUGGGGGAAAUCAGUGACAAAAUUGGCACCACCAUUGAUGACACCAUAAACAAGUUUAGAAAGAAGGACCGAGACGACUCGCCAGAUCGAUUCAGUGACAACGAGGAGGACAGGGGUCGAUCAUCUCACAAUGGCCAGCAAAGAAAGGAGUUCAAAGAUGAAGAGGAGACUGUUACCACAAGAAGUCUACAGAUUGUCCAAGCAACAGAGACGACAGCAACACGGAAGAGAGGAGGGCUGCCAUCCAAGAAAGUAGAUCUUGGGGCCGCAGCCCAUUACACAGGAGACAAGAGCCCAGAUACCACCGCCAAACAGAUGCAGCCAGCCGCAGCCCCUCAGCCAACCAAUGCUGCCCUUGCUGAUCUACUGAUGGUGGACACAACACCUAGUCAGCCUGCUGCCACAGGCCUGAUCGGUGGAUUUGCCGACUUCUCCUCACCUGCUGCCUCUGCUGGACUGUCCUCGGCAGCACAACCCUCUAACCCCAAUGGAGACUUUGGAGAAUGGAAUGCUUUUCCUGGAGGUCAGAUGCCAGCAUCUGCUCAGACUGGCAACAUGAGUGGAAAUGACCUUUUUGCACCCAUGAAUGCAGGUCCUUCUGUUGCCACCCCAACUGCUGCCCCAGCCCCAGCUUCAGGCUCUGGUCUUGCCUCAGCAAACCUGUUUGACUUGAUGGGGCCAACACAGUCUCUCACCUCCUCUCAGAGCCUCAGCUUUAGCAUGAGCAACACACAGAGUAUGAGCACCACGGUCCUACCCCAGUCUAAGUCACAGCCCCUCCAGACAAUGGGGGGUCCUCUUCAACCACAGCCCAUGCAGUCUCUCCAGCCUGUUCAGCAGGGAGUGUCAUCUCAAGGUGCAGGAGCCAAAGCAUCCCUUCCAUCCACCUGGUCAGAUCACUCUGUUAACAUCAGCCUGGACUUCCUAGGCCCUGGAAUGCAGCCCCCCAAACCAGCCCAGCCCAGUCUCAACACUCUCCAACAAGGCAACCAGGCACCCGGCAACAUGCUCUCCCAGGGAUUUUCCAAUAUGAGUCUGGGACCUACAGCUGCCCGACCUCCUGUUAAUCCCAUGAUGCACCCUGGUGCUGGCAUGGGGAUGGGGAUGGGAAUGGGCAUGGCCCCCAAUCAGGGCAUGAUGGGAAUGGGGAUGAACAUGGGGAUGCAUCAAGGUGGGAUGAACAUGGGGAUGCAUCAAGGUGGGAUGAACAUGGGGAUGCCACAGGGAGGUAUGACCAUGGGGAUGCCUGGUGGGAUGGGGAUGAACCCUGCGAUGGCCCAGCAGCCCAAACAAGAUGCUUUUGCUGACUUUGGAAAUUUUGGAAAGUGAUGGAACUGGAGAGCAAAGAUUAUAAGAGGAGCAGUGGCAGUCUCCCUCUCCGUCCACUGGUGAAGGAUUGUUAAGAGCUGCAAACAAAGAGUACUUGAAUGUCAAUAAUGUCAACUAUCAUAAUACCAACACCCUGCAAUCUCUUUUUUUAUAGUAAUAUGAUUUGGAUCUAAAUGAAUGAGUGUGUGCGUGCGUUUGAACGAAUGAUCUGUCAGGUCUGGGUUCAUGGUCAGGCACUCUGAUGAUGGUGUGCCUUGUAGGUUAGUUGUAUAUCAGUGAGCAGGAAGAAGAAAGUGCCACUGAGAGAAUGUCAGGGGGAUUUGCUUUAUAACCUCAAUCAAAUGAAAUCACCAGAAUUGCAAAAAAACACGACUAGCUGCGUUUGUUUUCCUUUUUUCCUUUUGCUAUAUAAUGUCGAUAACUUGAUGAAUCAUGAAUUUCGAUAGCUUGAUCUGCCAUUUUUAACUUCCUAACAAACAUUGAAGGAUGUCAGGUUACCUCUUUCUUUUUUCUUUAAUGUCAUCGUUCUUCCUUCAACGUGUAAAUAGAAAUCUGAAGCCCUAACAAUAAGUUAUGAAGCUCAUAUAUGAGAGGCAGUGACAAUGUGAAGAAUUGUAUCAUGUAGACCAAAUCUGAUAUGAAUUAAGAACUAUAACAAAGCACAUUGACACCUUCUCUUUGUACAUAAGUAUCCAGACUUCAAAUGUGCCUGCAGCUGGAGUAAUUAAUUAUUUGCAGUGAACGCUAUCAAUUGAAUUUGAGGAGUUGCACCUGCAAGACCAUGAAUUUGCCUUUCUUAUUGGUAUAUAGCUAUAUUUUUCUUCUGAUAAUUAUAAUCAGUUAGCAUCCAAAUGAGAUAAUCAGUAGGUAGAAAAGCCUUAUACAGGAGUAGAGUGCCUGAAAGACCUUUGCCUUUUCUCUUCAGUCAACCUCUUUGAAGGCGACAAUGUGACUGCAGUGUUGAAAAUAGCUGCGAGGAUGGAGUUUUUGUGCUUGGUACAAAUAUGCCUGUGCCUCAAGCCAAGUGUACUGUCUGUACAGAUGGCGGAUGCAGUUGUUUCACUAGUUCUCUUUGUUCAUCUGAUUCAACUUUUUUUUUUCUUGUUUGUUUGUGUUUGUUUUCAAUCUAUUAAGGCCAGUGAGAACUUCAGAGCUACAAGACACCAAGAUAAAUUCAUUCAAACCUCAAGUGUUGAUUCAGACUGUUAAGAUUGUAAAAUGCAGCUGUCUGUUAGAUGUUCAUCAGUGCAUUUUGGUACACGACACCUUCCAUGUUGAUUAAUGUUGCACAUUAAAGCAGGAGUCCUGAAAAGAUUUUCUGUCAUAGCCACCAUCAGUCCGAGUCUGUGUGUUUAGUGACUUAUCAGGUACAGAUAAUUGUGUGAGAGGAAGCACUAACCUGCCAUGUUUCAGAUCAGCAUGUUGGUUGGAUUGCAUUUGUGUCAUCGGGUAGCACAUCAUGAACAGUCCCAUCCAGCUGUAUGCCACUUUCGUUAUGCUAUAGAUGUACACAACAUUGCACUUCAGUGGUUCAAGUGCCUGCCGGUGGUUGCCUCCUGAUCCUUGUGAUGAGUGAUAGAUAAUCAAAAUUGAAUCUUGACUGCCUGACAUUUUUGGUGUGUCGACGCUGAGAUAAAUAAUUCACUGACCAGAGGAGAAGGCGGUGGAUUCUGCAGCCUCAGGAGGAUUUAAGUUGUGUUUUUCUACUCUCAACCCUCCUCUCAAGGGCUCAUAAGGCUGAGCACACUAACACAUAGUAGCCUUGCAUCGGUGUCUGAAGCAUUAAAAUGACCAAAAUCUGUUUGCUGUUUUUUGUUUUUUUGUUUUUUUUUUCCUAUUAUAUACAUAUAUAUAUAUCCGUAGAGGUUUGUUUUACGCAUUUUCUUUUCUACUUUAAAUCCUCUUGGUCCUCUCAAAAAUGGGAUUGUUGAAACACUAGUAUAUGCAAAUGUAAGAUCAUGGAAAUCCUUCUAGAAAAUGAAAUUUUGCAUUAUUCCCAUUUUGAUUUGAUUUACACAUCAAGAUUCUUUAUCUACAACAUUAAACAGUUGAUUGAAA